AUGCCUCCCAAGGAUAAGAAGCGAAAGCGCCAGCCGCAAGCGAGGGCUGGACCAGAGAAAGCCCAAAAGAAAAAGGGAAACAACACCGCAGGAAAAACGGCAAGAGCCACCAGAACACGUGAAGCAAUUGAGAAUGACUCCCAGUCUCCUAACUUUCCUCACUGGGAUCCUGCCAAAUCUACCAAGGCAAUUGACCGAUGCGAGAAUCUCAUCCACAAGCUGAGUGCAGAGGUCGAAUACCUAAAGUCAUUGAUCAAGCCCGGCAACAAAGAUGUCGAGAUCACGGAUCGGAACGAACUUGACAAGAACUUUGAAGAUAGAACCUACGGUAUUGAUGGUUCUGAAGAAGAUGGGAAUCCCCUAGACGCCGACCCCUACGAAGAGACUGGAGAAGAUGGAGAAGAAGUCCAAGCCCCAAACGGUCUUCGCCAGGAGGUGGUCAUGAGCCACAAAGCCAGCCCAGAACCUGAUAGCGAGGACGAGAAGUUCAAAAGCAAGGAAGAAAAAUUCAGAUUCCAAGUACAGAAGGGCAAAGCAGUCUAUCUCAAUGGGGUUUUCGAACCGCUCAAGGAGAUUCUCUCAUCGGGAAACUGA